GACGGAUAAAGAGCAAUGGCGUGAGGAGGAGUGAAUGUGUCUGAUACAAGAACUUAAUCAUCACUGCGGAGAUGAUGAUGAUGGUGCUGCUGCUGAUGCUUUCUAUUUCUUUGCGGAUGAUAAAUAAGAGGAGGAAAGGAGGUGGGAAGCUGUGGCACAACGCGGACUGUACAUCGGCUUGUGUUUUUGAAUGAGGCGGGACACAGGGCUCCCGGGCUCAGAGAGAGACACAUUGCUGCACAUCUAGAGUCUCUGACAGCGACGAAGCGCGCUGACGAUAAACAGACAAACCUCAGGACUGCGCCUUGAUAUCAGCGUUACAGCCAAGACACAAGAGAAACCUGGCGCGUGGAAAGACGUUUAAUUGGUUCGUCUCGUGCUCGCUACCUUUUGAAGUCAGCUAGCGUGCUCUGCUAGCUAACAGCGGGACAUAGCAUAGCAUUGCACACACUGACGACGUCGACCUGCGAAAGACACACACACACACACACACACAUACAUACAUACACAUAUUGUUCAUGGGUUGGCAAGCUGGGGAAUUUGCCAAGCAAAUGGCCAUGCGUCACAAAUAGCCUGCUAGAGAAGCGCUUCAAGCUCUAAAUCCAGAUAAAUUACAGGCAACAGACUCCAAAGUUGGCAUCACACUGUACGACGAGCAAUCUUGUCAUCCGACACCACUCACACUGUACAACUCGACGUCUUGAUGUGACGCUGAAAACCUUAUCAUGAAGGUAUUCGGGAUGAACUUGGCUCCAGCCCUCUGACGUGCCCGAGCUAGGGCCUGCCUGGUGGAUUCCUCAUUCGCCCCGCUCCACUGCCAACAUGCUGAUUAAAGAGUACCGCAUCCCCAUGCCCAUGAGCGUGGAGGAGUACCGCAUUGCCCAGCUCUACAUGAUCCAGAAAAAGAGUCGAGAGGAGAGCGAGGGCGAGGGCAGUGGCGUGGAGAUCCUGGAGAAUCGACCCUACACGGACGGGCCCGGCGGCUCGGGACAGUACACACACAAAGUGUACCACAUCGGGCAGCACAUCCCCAGUUGGUUCCGCUCCAUCCUGCCCAAAGCAGCUCUACGUGUGGAGGAGGAGUCCUGGAACGCAUACCCUUUCACACGCACCCGUUACACGUGUCCUUUUGUGGAAAAGUUCUCUAUCGACAUUGAGACGUACUAUAAGCCUGAUACGGGGAACCAGAACAAUGUCUUCAAUUUGUCUUCAGCAGAGAAAAGGCUGCGUGAUAUCGAUCCUAUAGACAUUGUGAAAGAUGUUAUUGCACCUCAUGAGUACUUGGCUGAAGAGGAUCCCAAGCUGUACAAGUCGGUGAAGACUCAGCGAGGCCCUCUGUCAGACAACUGGAUUCAGGAGAUUAGCCAUAACCCGGGCAAGAUGCCUGUCAUGUGCGCCUACAAGCUGUGCAAAGUGGAGUUCCGCUACUGGGGCAUGCAGUCCAAGAUCGAGCGCUUCAUUCACGACGUGGGUCUGAGGAAAGUGAUGGUGCGUGCACACCGGCAGGCCUGGUGUUGGCAGGACGAAUGGUAUGGCCUGACCAUGGAAGACAUCCGGCAACUGGAGCUGGAGACUCAGCUGGCCCUGGCCAAGAAGAUGGCGCAGUACAGCUGCAACGAGGACGGAGGAGAGGGCAACACCAGUCCUGCCAAAGAACAGGACGCCAAGGAGGCCAUCAACGCCAUCGAGAACGAAAGUGCAACGCGGACUCUCGGAGACACGCUGCAGGCCCGGGGAGAACUCACCAAGCAGUGGUCCACCUCGUCCAGAUCCUCCCGUUCCUCAAAAAGAGGAGCAGCAAGCCCGUCUCGACACAGCAUUUCCGAAUGGCGCAUGCAGAGCAUCGCCCGCGACUCGGACGACAGCACGGAUGACGAGUUCUUUGAUGCACACGAAGACCUCUCAGACAAUGAGGAGAUAUUCGCCAAAGAGAUCACCAAGUGGAAUUCCAACGACCUGAUGGACAAAAUCGAGACGGCGGAGGUGGACGAGCCCCAAAGUGACUUGUACCAGGACUCUGGGGUUGAGUACACCGAAGCUGAGAAUGUCCAGAGACUUAAUGAGGAUGGCUCGGGUCAGCAGGGCCUUCAGUCGUCGAAGGUGCACGUGUUGCUCCUGGUCCUGCACGGCGGCAACAUCCUGGACACAGGAGGCGGGGAGCAGAGCAGCAAGCAGGCAGACGUCAACACCAUCAGCUCGGUGUUCGAGACAGUCAUGCGUGUCCAUUACCCGGCAGCUCUGGGCCGCAUCGCCAUCCGCACGGUGCCCUGCCCCGCCGUGUGCGUGGAGGCUUUCUCACUCGUCUCGAAUUUAAGUCCGUACAGCUAUGACGAGGGCUGCCUCUCUAACAGCCAGGACCACAUCCCUCUCGCUGCGCUGCCUUUGCUGGCCACGUCCGCUCCUCAGUACCAGGAUGCCGUUGCCACGGUGAUAGUGCGAGCCAAUCAGGUGUACGGAGAUUUCCUCAAAUCGAUGGAAGGUACCUUGUUCACUGGCCAGGUGUGUCUGAUAGGUGACUGUGUCGGAGGGAUCCUGGGCUUUGAUGCCCUCUGCAGCAGCAACAUCACUGUGUCUGAGAGCCAGAACAGUAGCAGGAGAGGGAGUGUAGUCAGCGUUCAGGACAACGAUUUGCUCUCGCCAGGCAUCAUCAUCAACAGUAGCCCCUCAGGCUCAGGCACAGGCUCAGGCUCGGGCUCAUGUUCUGGUUUGUCCCUGGAAGGCAGCCGUCACUUGAGCCGCAGCAACAUCGACAUCCCACGCUGCAGUGGUGCCGACGACCCCAAAAAACAGUUGCCCCGCAAGCGUAGCGACUCCUCCACCUACGAACUGGACACCAUCAAGCAGCACCAAGCCUUCCUGUCUAGUCUGCACUCCAGUGUUUUGAAGAAUGACCCUGGCUCUCGUCGGUCCAGUAACAGCACUAUGCUGGAAGGAGGUGGCGCUCUGGGAAAGUUUGAUUUUGAGGUGUCUGAUUUCUUCCUGUUUGGCUCUCCGCUGGGUUUGGUCCUUGCACUGAGGAAAACUGUGGUUCCUUCUUUAGAUGUGGCUCAUCUCCGUCCAGCCUGCCAGCAGGUGUAUAACCUGUUCCACCCUGCAGACCCGUCAGCUUCACGCCUUGAGCCGCUGCUGGAAAAGAAGUUCCACCUGCUGGCGCCCUUUAGCGUGCCACGGUACCAGCGUUUCCCUCUAGGUGAUGGCCACUCUGCCCUGUUGGUGGAUGCCCUUCAGAGCAACCCUCACCUCCUGCUGGAGAGUGGAGGCCGCUGCCAUGACGGCUUAGGCGAGACCUCCAUCCCCGUCCCCGUGCUCAACUGGCAGGCUGCGCCAGCCACGCCUGAGUCGGAUGUAAUGCAUUCUCACGGGGGAAUGUUCCUGGAGAACUCGUACCCCUCCUCUCCCGCAUCAGCGCCAGUAUCCCGCAUCAUUCGCAGACCCAGCGAGGUCAGCAUCGCUAGCCAGGUCUCCGGACUGGCCGAUAGUUACACUGCCUCCAAUAUUGCCAACACACAAGCAUGCCAUCUCAAUCAAUCCAAAAAGCUUAGCCUUUUGUCCCAGCUGGCCCUCCCUUAUAACAAAAUGUCCUCGAGAAGCCCAUCCCCGAAAGCCCGCUACAAGUUGCUCAGUAGCAGCGCGGCGGGCUCAGAUGAGGUGAGCUGCUUCGAGCCCUCCCCUCUCCCCGACUCCAGCCCUCCAUCGCAGAGCAUGCAGCUGGAUAUAGAGCAAGUCGCUGCUCGUUGGUGGGGGACAAAGCGCAUUGACUUUGCCCUUUACUGCCCUGAUGCCCUGACUGCCUUUCCCACCGUGGCUCUACCUCACCUGUUCCAUGCUUCCUACUGGGAGUCUACAGACGUCGUGUCCUUUCUGCUCAGACAGGUAAUGAGGCAUGAGAACUCCAGUAUUCUGGAGCUGGAUGGGAAGGAGGUUUCUGAAUUCACACCGUCCAAACCACGGGAGAAGUGGCUGAGGAAGAGAACGCAUGUUAAGAUCAGGAAUGUAACAGCGAACCAUCGUGUUAACGAUGGAGUCUUUACGGAGGACGGCACACAGGUGGUCACUGGCCGGUUCAUGUAUGGCCCAUUGGAUAUGGUCACUCUAACUGGAGAGAAGGUUGACAUCCACAUAAUGACACAACCUCCAUCAGGAGAGUGGGUGUACUUUGACACAGAGCUGACCAACAGCAGUGGACGUGUUUCUUACACAAUCCCAGAGAGCAAGAGGCUAGGGAUCGGCGUCUACCCAGUCAAAAUGGUGGUCAGAGGUGACCACACAUCUGCAGACAGCUACCUGACUGUGCUACCACGAACCACAGAGUUUGUAGUGUUCAGCAUUGAUGGCUCGUUUGCUGCCAGUGUGUCCAUUAUGGGCAGUGACCCUAAAGUGAGAGCUGGAGCAGUGGACGUUGUCAGGCACUGGCAGGACUUGGGCUACCUGAUUGUGUACGUGACGGGCCGUCCGGACAUGCAGAAGCAGCGAGUAGUGGCCUGGCUCUCACAGCACAAUUUCCCUCAUGGCAUUGUGUCCUUUUGUGAUGGUUUGGUGCAUGAUCCCCUUCGUCACAAAGCAAACUUCCUCAAGUCCCUAAUCUCUGAGGCGCAUAUGAAGAUCAUUGCUGCGUACGGCUCCACAAAGGACAUCUCUGUGUACACUUCACUCGGCCUGCCACCAUCUAACAUCUACAUUGUUGGCAGACCAACGAAAAAGUUGCAGCACCAGUGUCAGUUCAUCUCAGACGGUUAUGCGUCUCAUUUGUCAGAUCUAGAGUACAAUCAGCGCUCUCGACCAGCCAAGACGGGCAGCACACGCGUGACUCUGCGUAAGGGAAGCUUUGGUCUGGGUGCCAGCGGCGACUUUCUGCGCAAACGCAACCACUUGCUGCGCACCAUCUCCUCCCAGCCAGCCCCCACCUCCUCGGCCACGUCCUCCGGCCAUGGGGGUCGUCCAGAGCGUGCUCAGAGCCAAUCGGAGUUUGAUCGUGAACGGGCUGAUCGCGCACAGAGGAGCAUGAGCAUUGCGGCGGGAUGCUUUGGGCGUGCGGGGAAGAUGGAGGGAGGCGCCCUGAGCCCCAAGUAACCCUCCAUCAACUUGCCAUGUAUAACUGGGAGUCUUUUUUAUUUUAAAGGAAAGAUGGAUAGGGAAAAAUGACUCGGUGAGAGACUGGCACAGCUUUUCUAAUGUAGCAAGAGUGGCAUUGGGGAAAAAGAUUUUGUUCCCCUGAGGUAACACACCAUCCAGAAAUCUAAUGCCUUAUGCAUCGCUCUAGGUUUUUUGAACGCUGGUCCUUGCCUCCUCUCAGAUUGCCUGAAUGUACAAAGAAAGCAGAUGCUUGGGUUGUUCUGACUCCUCCAAUCCCCACCUGCAUCAUCAGAAAAGUGGAAGAAGUCUCCAACAUGUCAUCAUGAUGUCCACCAACGUUUUCCACCUGUAAAUAUGUGCCUCCAUCCUCACGUGCUCAGGGCAGCCGUGUAUGGACGAGUCGGCCAUGGUCACUCCCAGAAGCCACUUGUGUUAGCCACACCCAACCACUCUGCCAACUACUAACCCCUAGUUUCUUCCUGUUUUUACUGAACUGUUCUUGUGGAGAGGGUUCCCCUAAAAAGCCCGGCAGCAUUUGGCAAUAAGGACCCACCGUGUUGCAUCGUGUUUGGCACGCAGGUCAUCAGAGGCCUUACUUCUUAACAGCGUAUUACCACAUGAGCAUUAAACAUACACGGGGCGAGUGCUGCUCUGGGGCCGAAAAGUUGGCUUUUUUUUUUUUGACACUCAAUCUGUAAUUUGGCAACAAUCCCUUUAUCUGGCCAUCUGCUUGCAAUACCUCUUGGACAUCACUAGGGUGUCUAGUGCUCCUGAAAACUCUCAUCUCUCUGGUGCAGCAUGCCAUGUACAGACAGCCAAGUACGAAUCCUCCUGAGCCUCCACGCUUUCACGUUUCCUUAGCACCCUUCUCCUUCACCCCGGUUCUGGAGCAGAACCACUUCACUGCUCCUUUUCUCCAAAUGGUAUAAAUACACGAACGAGACAAUCGCAGUAGGCGCCUGUCCAUAUUUACAAAGUGUACAUUGGAGAAAUCCAUUUUUCUCCAGACACUCAAAGCGGCAUUUAGUCGUCUCCCGCCAAUUUGUGCACCUUUAGCGGACGAAUCAUAAGAGUAUACGGACGUCUGGGGACACUUGAUCCAACUGAUGGCCAAAAUCAUUUAUUUUCCAGAAGCUGUAGUUACUUAACUGUAUAACCUCAUUGUUCCUUUUGCACAAAGUCGAUAGUGGAGAACCUUGUUACCAUCUCAUGUGGCUACAUAUUGUUAUUGUGUAGUGCAUGAUCUUUAUUAAUAUAUGACAGGAUUCGAGUGCGUUGUGUGCACAGCUGUAGUAUUUAUCUCUAAUGUCAGGAUUAAGAAACGUGCCAAAAUUAGAACGAUCAUAGGAAUGACAAAUGAAACAAUAGGCUUUAUUGUUUUUGUUUUUUUUUUCCUUUGUAACAUACUACUGAGUAUUUGACCUGAGAGUGUGUGCGCGCGCUUGUGUGUGUGUGUGUAUAAUUUGAGCUGUAAAAACCUGUUUGAGUUCAUCUAUAACGUUUCUAAGAUUUAGAUCAUUUCAGGUCAACAUGAAGUCCUUUAAAAGUCUGUGCUCUAGCUUACUGUUCAUAUGUAAGUGAGAUGUAUAGAACUAUUGCAAGAUAUUCUUUUAAUCAUAAGCUGUGAUUUUACUUUUUGUUUUUAGAUUCAACGGCAUGAGUACGUUGUAGCCAAAUACUGUAUAAAGAUUUUUUUUUUUUUUUUUUUUUUUUGCUAUUUGUUAA